AUGCCUAGUCGCAAAUCUUCAAGAUCUUCACUAAGGCAAAGCGCUGGACGGGGGUAUCGCCUGCCCGACAAGCUUGACGUCUGGAUCCUUGGCAGCGGCAUUGCCUCCCUCACAGCGGCCGUGCAUUUAAUCCAGGAAGCCAAUGUGCCCCCGGAAAAGAUCCAUAUCCUGGAGAAGCUCGCUGUGGCGGGGGGAGGUACGAUUAGCGAAGGGGACCCAGUGAAUGGGUACAACUAUCGGGCAGGAGGGAUGCCCUCCUUCAACGGCUCGGCCAUGGAAGAAUUGCUCUCGGUGGUUCCGUCUAGAACGCGCAAAGGCAAGACGGCUCUGGACGAUAUCGUAGAGUACGGGAGCCACGCUCUAAAUGGGACCUCCCACACACGCCUCCUCACUCGGAGGUCGCAUGGCCUGGGCCGUAUUGAUCCUCGCAAAAUCAACUUGGGGCUCCGGGACCGCAUAGAGCUUUUUGUGAUGGCCUCGAAAAAUGAAAAGGCUCUAGCGAGAACACGGAUCAAGGAUCACUUUAGCGGGAGCUUCUUCAAGAGUAAUUACUGGCUGAUGCUGGCCACAACGUUCGGCUUCCAGCCGUGGCACAGCGCUACCGAAUUACGCCGAUAUAUCGCGAGGUUCAUGCACGAUAUUCACGAUCUAAACUCCCCGCGCGUUCUAGACUGUGGUCGCUAUAAUCGCCAUGAAACUAUUGUGGCGCCCAUCGCCCAUUUCCUAACAUCACAAGGUGUAGACUUUCAGUUCAAUACUACCGUGUCCGAUAUCAUUCUUGACACGAAAAACGAGAACCGCGUCUCAGCCAUUUGCGCGCAAAGAGACGGCGAGCGCGAGCACAAGAUUGUACUGGGACAAAACGACAUUGUCAUUGUUUCCGUUGGCUCCGUCAUGUCUGGGACAACGGUCGGUAGCAACACCGAACCACCCUCAUUAGAGCUUAUGGAGAUCGAUAAGGAUCUUGAUGAGAACUGGCUCCUAUGGCUGGAACUAUCGACGAAGAACCCCAAAUUCGGAAACGCCUAUAAUUUCUGCACGCGCAUGCCAGAGUCCCGCUUGGAAUCGUUUACCGUCACGCUCAAGGAUCCCGAAUUCUUCAACCGAUUCUGCAAAUUGACAGACAACCAGCCUGGCACAGCGGCGUUCGUAACACUGAAAGACAGUAGCUGGAUCAUCAGCCUGAAUAUCCCACAACAGCCACUAUUUCCCGAUCAGCCAGGCGAUGUGCAAGUCCUUUGGGGCUAUGCGCUUUGCCCCGAGGCAGAGGCAUUUGCAAUUUCCAGUCGACGGGAUAUUAAAAACUCGAUCACCAUCCCGUCUGUCGUCCCGCGGAUGACGGCGACCUUGCUACCGCGGGCAGAUGGCGAUCGUCCACAAGUGAUACCUGAAGGAAUGGAGAACCUGGCACUUAUUGGACAAUUUGUGGAUAUACCGGACGAAGUCGUGGUUUCUAUGGAUUAUGGUGUUAGAGGGGCGCAGAUGGCGGUGCGUCGAUUGAUGGGGUUGGACAAUGAGGGUAAAAAGUCGAAGAGAAGCUCUGCAAUCAGUCUCUUGAUGUAG